GUACCACAGAGCUUCCAACGACUGCGCAUGUUUUUUGAGCAGUCUGUAUGCCAAGUUGUUAGUUGUGGCUGCUUUGGUUUUACUGGUCACCGAGUUUCUUCCAAAUCGAAUCCCGCUCCUCUUCUUCCAAGGAUAUCUCCUCUCGUAUCUUCUUGGAGGGGCAGUUUUGUUUUUAGUCAAUGUUUAUGUCAUAUUAGCUGUGAAGAAACUUCUAAGAAAAAAUAGCACUCCUUCCAUAUCAAGAGACAAUCACGUUCCGGAUUCUCUCAACAGAGGGCCAAUUUACGCAUCUAACGUUAGCAUUUACUUGCGAAUAGGAGUUUUAGUUUUCGGAACGGGCAAUUUGGUGUUUCUUGGAAUGGAAGCUGCCGCCUUGUUUUCAACAAAGACCUCUUGUGUUGGACAGUUAACCCUACUUCAGCCUAUUCUUCAGGGCGUUUUUACUUUACUCCAGAUGCAUUUUCUUCUAAUAAAUGUAAAGAUUAUUAUCAAAUCCCUCGGAUGGCUACGUCACGUGAUUAUAAUGCACUUGAUCGUUGCCAAUUUGAUCGUAUGGUUUCAACUUAUCAUACGGGAGACAGCUCGUGAAUGGCAGAUGGUUGAUCACGUGACAAUUCAGUCAACCAGUGAAUACCCUCUUCAUACCCAUACUGUCACAGUUCAUACAUUUGAUGAAAAGGGGGCUCAUCAAGUUUUUACUUCCCCCGUGUGUCGAUGGCAAGAAUUGAAACCUUCUAACAAGGAGGAAACCAUGGCCUUGUUUGAUUGCAUAAAAAACUCCACUGCUGGUGAUGUUUGGUGGAAAGCUUCACCUUUUCUUCACCCAUUCCUCAUUCAGUACAGUUUGUUAGCGGCUAUGAUUUGUCAUUUCUUCUGGGCGAACAUCGACUACACAAACCAGGACGGCGAAUAUGAAGUUUUUAAAGUGUCGAACACAAAUACGUCGCCGUUUUGGAAGGUGGACUGUCAAAAAGCGUAUGUGGGUCUCUUUUCUGGAAUACUUCUUCUUAUAGCUACCCUAGUCAUUCUAAUUAUUGUCCUUCUGCCCGAAAGUCAUGGAAUCAUAGGCUUUGACAGUCUUCUUACAUUGGCUAUAUUUCACUGUGCCAUUCUGGGAUUUUCAGUAAUCGUCAUCUUCGUUGGACUGAUACAGAUUCGACAAUUACGGCCAGAGCUGUGGAAGAACACUGGAACUAACGGGUUAUUUCUUCACAUCGGAAUUCUUGCCGUUCACGCGUACGGGAUUCUAACCCUAAUUGUUGGAGGCUCAAAGCUCAAUUCCAAGUAUCAUUUAAUAUCUUGCAUCGAUGGCGCUCUGUUACUGCUCCAUUCUUGUCUGCAAUCGUUGUUCAUCCACCAGAUGGAGCGUAGUUCCUGUGGCGGUGAAGAACAACUUAAACAGAAACGUCCAGGAAGAGAGAUUGUAACGUUUUUGGCACUCAGCAACGGGGCACUUUGGGCUGUUGAAACUUUUACAUCUCAAAACCAUUUGACAAGUCAGCUUCAGUUAGAAUUUUAUGGAGUUAUUCCUUGGGGGAUAUUUUCUCGCGUGCUUAUACCUCUGGUUUCAUACUAUAGGUUUCAGUGCUUUGUAGUCCUAAUGGAUGCUUCAAAGUAUACUUAUAAGCACAACAGAGGCUGAGACAAGCAAGCCUAAAGGUAGAAAAACUGGACGUCAGUUAAUCGCACAUAUGGUUAUCGUAACACUUAACAGAUAAUCAAGUAGCGAGACAAACUUAAUACAGUGUUUCUUUAAAGCUCUUGAACUGGAGAUUUCUUAUGUUCAAAUCCUCUUUAACAAAUAAUAUUAAAAAAUAGCACUUUGUGUGUUGUAUAUUAACAUUAAUUUUUAGGUUAGUAACGAAAGAAGUCAUGUAAUUAGAACUUGGUAUAUCUUGCAUAUAUCCAGCAAAACAGCUCAGAUGUGAAAGUUUCACUUACUGCAAAAACAACAACGGAAACAAAUGCUAUAAAAAAAAGUGAUGUUUCUGAAAACGAGAGCUGAAAACUGAUGCUACUAAGUAACCUACGUCAUCAACAGACGAGAUAAAGUACGUGAAGAAGUAACGUAUAGGAAGUUGGUCUCAUUAAGUAAACGUUUUUAUCUUUUAAGAAGCGGAAGCACGUGAUUUUAUAUCCAACACAAGAUAAAGAAGUUACAUCGUGUUUAAUAAGAAACAAGACUGUGUUAUAAACCCUUUUCACGCUCUCGACAUUAAUAUUUUUUUAACUCUCCGAAAUAUAGUUUUAGGCUUGAUUAAAAGAUGGCAACACACACAACAGUGCAAUGAGUGUUAUAGUAUGCAAUACAACACAAUAAAGAAUGGUCUGUGUAUUGUAUACGUCGCUAGCGAGAUAAGAAAAUCAACACCCAAUACUUACCAUAGAGAGGGGGAGAGACAAAAUCUAUAAAGGGUGAUGCUACUUUUGGGGAUGAGGUCUUGUAUACCCUCGGAAAAUUUUUGCGAUUUUCACUAAGAAUGGUGCAUUUUGAUUGUAUCUGAGCCUGCUUUUUACGUCUUUUUAAGUAUGUUUUAUACAUAUAGGUGUGCAAUUUAGCGGGCGCCAUCGCACCACCUCACCCCUCCAAGCCUAUGCGCAUGUAAAUUGUGUGCAUUAUUUGUUAAGGUGCAAGCUUUAUCAAUAUUUAGUAUGUUUAGUGAUUGUCAGAAAACAUAAUAUUUACGAAACGUAACCAGGAAUUGUGGAACUUUAGAUAGACCAGGAGUAGAAAUAGCUUUUAAAGAUGGUAGUAAAACUAGUCACUUGUACCCGUUUCCUUAUGUAAAGCUUGUUGUUGUUGUGAACGAAGUGUUUUACAGUUAAAUUUGAAAAUUACUUGUUAACUUUCCGCUUUUCUUGAUUAUUAUGUACAAUUUUGUUAAAGAAAAUAUAUAAAAAAGUUAUUAUUAUGUCAUUAUAACAUUCAUGUAGCCUUUUAAGCUUUGGCUUAAUAAUUGUGAGACUUACGUCACUGUUAAUUGUCUACAGCCUUUCCUUGUAUAAUCUUUAAGCCUAAUUUUCACCUACUUUGCUUUUCCUAGAGCAAUAUUCUCUCAUGAUCAUUCUUAGACCUACUUUGCACUCGGAAUAUCGUUAGAAAGGGCCAUUAGAGAUUUUAAGUUAUUAUGUUCAUCUCUCACUUUUCGUAAGUUCUAAAGUUUUUUUAGAAUACAUUAUUUUGGGAUGUGGUCUCCUAAGAUUAUAGUAAAAGAUUCUCACGUGUAUCUUUUGCCAAGGUGCAUAGAACGGUUAUUGAGUUAGGCCUAUUCAUGCGUUUCGUGUAUAAACUUAACUCAGAGCUAAACCCUAAUGCAGAGGAUCAACUUUAGAAAAUCUUCUAAACGGCCGUUUUCUACCAUACUUCAUAUGUUUUCUGAGAUCUCAUCCUGAAUUAGUUCAGCAUUAACCAUCACAAUAUAUCGUAAUACCACGUCUGGCAACCGAAGGAACAUGUCUCGUUGUCUCUAUUUGUCGAAGUGUAGCGGAUGUUUAUUCAGUAUGAAAAAAAUCAUGAAUUCUGGGACGAACACUCGUAAAGCAUAAAAUUGUGGGAAUUUUUCAAAUUUUCACAUGCGCACAAGCAUUUUUCGUUGACAUUACCCUACUUGGUAUGUCAUGGCGAUGUAGAGAUUUUCGUAUACAUAUUUAUAGAGGGAGUUCUUCAUCCACAAAGUGACGAUGUACAAGCUCUAGAACCUGACACAAAACCCAUAUUGUGCGCAUGAUUUUAUAACUCAAGUCUCCUGUUUUUGUUUUCAAGAGGUUUCAAUAAUAAUUGAUUUUCAAUGUAAUUUUCAAGUGUGCUAUCCAUACUGAUGUUGAUGUAAAUAAUAAGUUAUUGUCUUAAGUUUGUUUUGACUAUUUAUACAGAUGUUAUUUCACUAGGCACCGUCACUUAGUUUUGGUUAGCAACACUAGACUAUGUUAGUUAUUAAUAUAUGAAAAACUAAGUUAUGCCAUACAAAUGCUUUCUUUCAUACAAAAAUAAAGUAUUUCAUGGGUGUCACGUGCAGUGUUCAUUCUAAAUCAGACGUACCUGAAUGAAACUUACUUUUCACAAACUAAUAAGUGUCUGUAAACACCCAAAAAAUAGUUUUUUUUUUUGUAGAACUAUCCAUUUUAAACACUGAAUAUUGUUGUUCUUCGUUUCACUCCACUAGAAGUUUAUAAUUCACAUUUAUAUUUGCCUAAAUAAGCUGUAAUAUUUCCAUUUCUAAACCAACAAAUGACAAAAUUAUGGCAUUUUAGAUAAAUAUUGUAAUUACUGAUAAAUAACAGUAAGUCAUUUCUAUGAAGAAAUCAAUAUUUGGUAUUGUAAAAUUUAUAAACCUAAAUUUAAUUUGAUCUUCCGUACAACUAAAAGACAGUUUGUGAAUCACAAGAUUUGUGAUUUGUUGACCUAGGUGCCUCGUGAUAUUUUGUUCAUGCGCACAAGAUGUUUUUGUGUCAGAUUCUAGACGCUAUCUGGAGUCAAUCGGACGUAUCAAUCGAGCUUUUCCAUCGUACAUGGUAAAAACACACUCGGAUAUAAUUAGAAACCAAGUUUGGUAUACUUUGGGUCACGUGACCCAAAUGUCAAACUCAAAGCUAAAGCAACUUAGGUGACUAACAAUAACAGAGUGCAAGUGUCCGAAGUUAAAGCUACAAUGAGCACUAGUGUUUUUGGAUUGAAACACAUACACAAAUAAAAUUACAUCUAGUUAAUGAAAUAAACAAUAAUAAGUUUCUAUAAUAACCAAAAAAUAGCAGUAGUAUUAUCUAAAAUAUAUCGCUUUACACGCAUAAUUCACGAGAAUUGUCACACACGCCAAAAGAUGGUUGUCUACAUUUGAACAAGCGAGUAUUUUCGCAAAGAGUUUGAAUUUAUUGGUUAUUUUCAGUUUUCAUGACAAAAAAUUUUUUAGUUGGUGCAACAUGAUUACGGUAUAACAAGUUUAUUUAAACGGGUGAAAAGUGUAGCAUUUACACAACUUACCGAGUCUAUUUUUCAGCGUUAUAAUACAUAUUAUUCGCCGCAGACGACACAUCAAAAGCGAUGUUUAUUGCUACUGUUACUCCCGAGAGUGUUUUUAUAGAUAGAACGGAAAAGCCCGAAAGAUGUUCCGAUUAGAUAUCCAGUAAGAUUUAGCGUCAUCUGAUGGACGUUUUGAUCGGAACAUUAUUUAAGUAAGAUAUAAAUAAUUAAAACAAAAGUACUUCAAACUUCUGUGAUGUUAAAUGAGUUAAUUUUGGUGCUUAAAAUUUGUAGUGCCUCAUUGAUUUUUUUUUAUUAUUACCUAUGAUAUACAUAUAUUAUAAUCUACAAAUAUAUAGUACAUAUCGAAGAAAAUACUCACGUAUGUUGAUAGUUCAUAAAUCGAUGAGUGAAUUUAUUAUCUUAUUUAAAGUUCACUCUGUUUAAGAACAGAAAAAAAA